AUGGUUUAUCGAGGGUUUGGACUGGAACACAUAUCACCACCGGUGAAUAAACCGUUUAAUGAGAUGACUCCCGAUGAACAAGGUGAACGAGGUGCUCAAAUGAUGGUGGAUUUCAUGACGUCUUGCCCUGGUAAAUCCAUCAUAAGUGGAGUUACUGGUUUUGCAUUGGGUGGUAUAUUUGGUAUGUUUAUGGCAUCCAUGGCGUAUGAUACCCCGUUACAUACACCUUCGCCUGCGAAUCUUGGCCCUGGGGCUGGUAUACCUGGUGUACAAACUAUUCAACAAAUGGCUGAUUUGCCUUUAAAGCAGCAAAUUAAAAUUCAGUUCACAGAUAUGGGUAAGAGAGCAUAUUCUAGUGCUAAGAAUUUCGGGUAUAUAGGCAUGAUUUAUUCUGGCGUGGAGUGUGCAGUUGAGUCUUUAAGGGCUAAAAAUGACAUUUAUAAUGGUGUGGCAGCUGGGUGCCUAACUGGUGGUGGAUUAGCUUAUAAAAGUGGUCCAUCUGCUGCACUAAUCGGUUGUGCAGGAUUUGCUGCAUUUUCUACUGCUAUUGACUUGUAUAUGAGACAUGAGAAUGGAGUACCACCUAAAGAUGACUUUAAUGAGUGA